UAAAAAAACAGAAGACAGUGGAACAUGUCAAUGCAUGAGGUUUCCCCAUCAGAGGUGUUUUGUGCUUCUCCUGGCUGUGGGGAUCCUGGUGAUCUUCUACGUAACCACCCUCUUCACUCUUCAUACAAGCCAGACCCCACUCUGGCUGCUAGGAGGUCAGGAUCUAACUCCUCUCUCUUAUACCAAUGAAAAUGAGGAGGAGUUUUUUUCACCAUACCAUGUAGCCUACCCACAGAAAUAUCAGUUUGUCCUGGAUGAGCCUCAUGAGUGCCAGGACCGCAGCCCCUUCCUGCUUCUGAUGGUGCCAGUAGCUCCUGGUAAUCUGGUAGCCCGGGAGGACAUCCGGAGGACUUGGGGUAAGGAGAGCCUGGUUCUGGGCCGGGCUGUGCAUCUGUUCUUCCUGCUGGGCCUGCCCAGUGGAGCAGGGGCACAGAGGAUGCAGGAGGAGGUGCUGCUGGAGAGCCAGGAGUACCAUGACAUGCUGCAGAGUGACUUCCAGGACAGCUACUUCAACCUGACCAUCAAGACCAUGGUGAUGCUAGAGUGGCUUGCCUCUCGCUGCCCCGGCGCCUCCUUCGCUAUGAAGAUUGACUCUGACAUGUUCCUCAACGUGCACAACCUGGUCAACAUGCUGAUAGACCCAACCACACCAAAGCACAACUACAUCACUGGGAAGUUCAGCCAAAACACACAAGUGGUGAGAGACAGCACCUCAAAGUGGUACAUUCCCAAUAAGGUUUACCCCAGUACCAAAUUCCCUCCCUACCUUUUGGGAAAUGGUUAUGUCUUUUCCAUAGAUCUUCCUGAGAAAAUAGUGGAAGCAUCCAAACAAGUCCGUGCCAUAUUUUUAGAGGAUGCCUACCUGGGUAUGUGUCUGAGCUAUUUAGGGAUUGCAGCCAGUUACCCACCUAACUCUGCCCUCUUCAAGCUUUCCAUGCCCUACACUCACAAUCGCUGUUACUACUCUACUGUCAUCACUACUGAAAUGGACCGUGUGAGUGACCUGCUGCGAGUCUGGGAGGACUUACAGAGACCUGGCACUCCCUGCUGAGAACGAUGAACAACUCUUAAAGCUUUGAAUCCUUACCCUGCUAAUAAUCCUUAUAAGUAUUAAACACACUAUAUGUAAGCACAUGCACACAAGUAUUUAAAAAAUAGGUAAGCACACGCACACAUACACACACACUCACACAUACACAUACACAGACACGCACUCACACACACACAGACUCUGGCAUCACGGUAUCAUUGUAUAAUUCACUCAGCAUUUUAAUUUCAUUCUAAAGUAGUAACAUGUUAUUACACAGUAAUUACCAUAUGAUAUGACCAGAUAAUGUUGUUACAAUAACAGCAUUACUACACAAGUAGAAGAGCAACGUAAUGUGAAGUGUUACCGAUCGGUCUUGCCAGUAUCAUUUCUCAUGACUGUCUUAAAUCCAAACGGUAAUGUGUGAUCUUAAAGACACCUGUAUAAAAGACACCUAUCCACAGAAGCAAUCAAUCAAUCAGUUUCCAAACUCUCCACCAUGGCCAAGACCAAAGAGCUCUCCAAGGAUGUCAGGGACAAGAUUGUAGACCUACACAAGAAAGCACAUAUACAUGCCCAUCUGAAGUUUGCCAAUGAACAUCUGAAUGAUUCAGAGGAGAACUGGGUGAAUGUGUUGUGGUCAGAUGAGACCAAAAUGGAGCUCUUUGGCAUCAACUCAACUCGCCGUGUUUGGAGGAGGAGGAAUGCUGCCUAUGACCCUAAGAACACUAUCCCCACCGUCAAACAUGGAGGUGGAAACAUUAUGCUUUGGGGGUGUUUUUCUACUAAGGGGACAGGACAACUUCACCGCAUCAAAGGGACGAUGGACGGGGCCAUGUACCGUCAAAUCUUGGGUGAGAACCUCCUUCCCUCAGCCAGGGCAUUGAAAAUGGGCUGUGGAUGGGUAUUCCAGCAUGACAAUGACCCAAAACACACGGCCAAGGCAACAAAGGAGUGGCUCAAGAAGAGCACAUGAAGGUCCUGGAGUGGCCUAGCCAGUCUCCAGACCUUAAUCCCAUAGAAAAUCAGUGGAGGGAGCUGAAGGUUCGAGUUGCCAAACGUCAGCCUCGAAACCUUAAUGACUUGGAGAAGAUCUGCAAAGAGGAGUGGGACAAAAUCCCUCCUGAGAUGUGUGCAAACCUGGUGGCCAACUACAAGAAACGUCUGACCUCUGUGAUUGCCAACAAGGGUUUUGCCACCAAGUACUAAGUCAUGUUUUGCAGAGGGGUUAAAUACUUAUUUCCCUCAUUAAAAUGCAAAUUAAUUUAUAACAUUUUUGACAUGCGUUUUUCUGGAUUUUUUUGUUGUUAUUCUGUCUCUCACUGUUCAAAUAACCCUACCAUUAAAAUUAUAGACUGAUCAUUUCUUUGUCAGUGGGCAAAUGUACAAAAUCAGCAGGGGAUCAAAUACUUUUUUCCCUCACUGUAGACAUCAACUGGCCACAUAGAGUUGUUCAAACAUCACAUAGCAUUCCAAACUUUUAUAUAAUUUAUUGAUAAAUCAGUAAACAGUUUGAACUGAUUCAAAUCAUGGUGUGUUGUCAGUCAUAUGCAGAUUUGCCUUUGUGUUGAUGAUUUGUGAGACAGUGUCACGCCCUGACCUUGAGAGCCCUGUUAUUUCUCUAGUUAGUUUGGUCAGGGUGUGAAUGCUAGAUAAUCUAGUUUAUCUAUUUCUAUGUUGGCUGGGUGUGGUUCCCAAUCAGAGGUAGCUGUCGAUCGUUGUCUCUAAUUGGGGAUCAUACUUAGGCAGCCAUUUUGCCUACCUAUGUUGUGGGAUCUUGAUUCUGUUUGGCUUGUUGGAUGGUUAGCCUCUUGAACUUCACGGUCUGUUGGAUUUAGUUAUUUAGUUGGUUUUUAUAAUAAUAAACGACCAUGUACGCAUACCACGCUGCACCUUGGUCCGAUCCUUUAUACAACGAACGUGACAGAAGAUCCCACCACAUACGGACCAAGCAGCGUGAACAGGAAGAGCAGACAACAUGGACAUGGGAGGAUAUUUUGGACGGUAAGGGAUCCUGGACUUGGGAAGAGAUCCAGGCAGGUAUGGAUCGCCUUCCUUGUGAGCAGACGGAGACAGCGAGGGAGAAAAAACGGCGACUCAAAAGGUCCCGAUCACUAAGGAAGCCUAGUCCAGCUCCGGUCAGCUGCUUCACUCCAGUGCCAGAGCAGUCCGCUCCACCGGUGCCUAGUCCAGCUCUGGUUAUCUGCUCCCUAACAGAGCCGGGGCAGUCCACUUCACCGGUGCAUAGUCCGGGUCCGGUCGUCUACUCUCCCCCCAUGCCGGAGCCAUCCGCUCCACCGGGGUCUUUGCCCCAGUCUGAGGUCCUGAGCGCUCUGGAGCAAGUUUUCAUCAAGGACCUCUCUGUACUUUGCUCCGUUCAUCGUUCCCUCGAUCCUGAUUAGUCUCCCAGUCCCUGCUGCUGAAAAACAUCCCCACAGCAUGAUGCUGCCACCACCAUGCUUCACCGUAGGCAUGGUGCCAUAUUUCCUCCAGACGUGAUGCUUGGCAUUCAGGCCAAAGAGUUCAAUCUUAGUUUCAUCAGACCAGAGAAUCUUGUUUCUCAUGGUCUGAGAGUCCUUUACGUGCCUUUUGGCAAACUUCAAGCGGGCUGUCAUGUGCCUUCUACUGAGGAGUGGCUUCCGUCUGGCCACUCUACCAUAAAGGCCUGAUUGGUGGAGUACUGCAGAGAUGGUUGUCCUUCUGGAAGGUUCUCCCAUCUCCACAGAGGAACUCUGGAGCCCUGUCAGAGUGACCAUUGGGUUCUUGGUCACCUCCCUUCUCCCCCGAUUGCUCAGUUUGGCCGGGCGACCAGCUCUAGGAAGAGUCUUGGGGGUUCCAAACGUCUUCCAUUUAAGAAUGAUGGAGGCCACUGUGUUCUUGGGGACCUUAAAUGCUGCAGAAAAGUUUUGGUACCCUUCCCCAGAUCUGUGCCUCAACACAAUCCUGUCUCGGAGCUCUACGGACGUUUCCUUCGACCUCAUGGCUUGGUUUUUGCUCUGACAUGCACUGUCAACUGUGGGACCUUAUAUUGUCAAUUGCUGCACCAAUUGACAAGUCACCUCCAUGAAUCCAAAAGAACAACUGAGCAGGAUAAAAACACAUAAUCCUUUUAUACAUUAUUCCAAUAAUUUAAAAGUUAUAUAUCCAGAAAUGCUAUUAUAAGACUUAAGACAUUAUAAGGGGGUCAUUCAUGUUAAAGCAGUUUUCCUGUUAGUUACCAAGUUUCUUCUUUAAACAGAUAUUGUAUAACAUGUUAAUAAAACUGUUAAUGUAUAACUUACAGGUAGUUUUCCGCAUGUUGCUGCCUCUUUAGGUGUGUAUACAUUAAGAUAAAGACAAUAAUCUGACACGUCUGUCAGGUCGUAUUCAAUGGCUAUUACAUUUACCAUGUGUUGAGAAAUAACUGGAUCCUGAAUACACCUAGAAAGAGAGACUGAGAGAGACUGAGAGGUCUCUCUGUCAAUGCCAUAUCGGUUAGCACUCCAUAUCCAAUGAAACACAUUGUAAAAAGUGGGACGGCACUGUUGUUCAUCUGAAGUGCUUUUUCUCAUUGGUAUGAUCCAAAAUUACGCUUUGGUUCGUUCACCCUAUUCAAUUUGUCUGAAAUCCCCCCCAAAAUGUUUUUUUUUUUUAUUGAAUGAAAGCUUCUAAAUUGCUUUCAACACCUCAUGUACAUUUGCAUUGUAUAGCGGUGGGAGCAAUGUAGCGGCGGCAGCCUAUCAGAAGAGUUGGAGGCGCAGCCUAUUGGGGGUGUGGAUUUCAGGCUGUUCUUUUUGGCCACCCGUAAGAGUGAAUGUCAUUCCAGGUGAUGUGUUCUUUAUUUUUUAUUUUUUUGAAUAUAUGUUUACUGCCAGCACUGAUAUAAAGGCGAAAGAAACGCACACCUAUUUAGGCGAGGUGCUGGCUGACUGCGCCGCACACUCUUGGAGCUCAGAUGCAGUAAUUUAAUAUCCUAAUAACCAACGUUUCGACAGACAAGCUGUCUUUAUCAGGGUAUAAUCAUACUGCCAGCACUGAAUCUUAACCAAAGAGGAAAAGUAAGCUGAUUGUUGAAAGAAAUAGGUUGCAACUUGAAAUAUAGGUUUGUUACUAAUCAAAUACAUAUAUAACAGUUGGCAUUGAAUCAUGUAUUUGGUUUCAACAAAUGUCUUUUUUUUCUCAUGUACUUGUAACCUGUUGACACAAUUGGUUUUUAGGUUGAUCCAAAGAGUAAUUUUUUACAGUGCAGAAGUACAAAGGUUAAACCAUCUGACAUGUGAGGUUGGCGUGUGCCGUCCCUCUCUGGCUCCCAUGGCUCUGCAGGUUGUGGGGCAGCCAGGCGCAGGGGACCCACAGGUGGAUGGGCAAAGGGUAUCUCCAAAUACUGCUGCACCAUCUGCUGUAUACCUUUCACAGUCAUGUACUCACCCUGAACUGUUACAGGAGGGGGUUGCAGUUCCGGAACGACCCACUAGGUGUCAUCCUCCGACAACCUUAGGCACCUCCUCACUCACAGUCUGGACUAAUCAUUAUCUUAUUGGUGUCACCUGUGUCUACCUGUUCACCUGUGUAUUUAUGCCCUCACUUCCCUGUGUUCCCUUGCUCAGUUUUCUCUGCUAUUUUCUCUAUGUCCAGCAGUACUACGCAGUGUCUGAUCGGAGACCUAUGAACAGGUACUUGAGAAGUGUUCUCCCUGUUUCGUUAUUUGUUUCAGUCUUAGGUAGUAUUUUGUCUGUCAGCCGGUUUUUGGAGACGUAUUUGUUCCGCCUUUCUUUUAUCAUGAUAUGUCCGUUAUAUUGUAUUCUGGCUUCGGGACCACCAGUAAAGAUCCUUGUUUCACCAUCUCUGCCUACUGCCUACUGUAUAUCCUGCACCGCACCUGGGUCACACCUCACACCAAACCUUACACUGAUUUCUUACCUGUUGUGCCCAGCGAAGCACCUAAAAAGACUAUAGUCAGGUACACGUUAAGAAGUGUUGUUCACAUCAUGGCUGUGUCUUUGGAAAGACAGACAGACACUCAGUUUACAUUCAAGCAAAUACCCCUCCCUACACCAAGUACCUGCCCCUGAAUGGGUACACACACACACAUUGAUUUAACUUCUGUUCCACUAGACCCUGCCCUAACCGCCUACAGCCCAGCAUACAAAACAACAGUCUUUGAACAACACGCUUAAUGAAGCUAUUCAGGGAUACCUGAGUUGUCGAAGAGCUGGUUUACUCCGACACUUCAAGGACUUUAAAAGAAGGGAUGUAAAAAAAUAAGAAAACAUAUUUGCUGGAGUGAGCUUGGUCAGAGUUGGCAACUGUAUUUCAUGGUGAUAAGGUCCGGUGAUACAUGAAGGGACAAAUAAGUUACAUUACAGUAGAUUGCAUUUAAUCCUCUUUGCCUCUUUUGACAAUAACAAACCUCUUUACUUGGGUUUUAUCCUUUAGUGAAGCACUGCCCUGUAUCUCACUGCAGAUUUGCAGUAUAAACCAGCUUUGCCCUUGUAACCUUAUGCCAGUUUUUUGACCAGCUGGUGUUCAUAGCAAUGCUCAAUAUCCUUUGGGUUUAGUGUACUAGUCCUGAAUGACUUUCUGACUGUCUUUUUCUACUGCUCUCUGUUGGAAAUGUUACUAGACUAGAUAGUGCUAUUUUUAGUUGUAUAGUUUAUUUGCACCAUGAUUUAAGCAUAAGGCUCUUAACUAUACCCAGAGCCACUUCAUGCAUGCUGCCGUGCCACUAUAUAUAUAACAUCACACGUAAUGCUGUCUGGAUUAGGAUUUUGUCAGAGACUGCCGCAACAUACUAUGUGACCAGUAUAAAUCACAAGUUUGAAGGGCAGGCAGUGUGUGGCUGACCAGGUCAAAGAAAGCUGUUAUCCAUGGAACUUCAACACUUUAAUGUCAGUGGAACAGGUGGUAACAGGUAAAUGCAUUCUGAUUUAUAUCAUUUACAUUACAUUACAUUUACGUCAUUUAGCAGACGCUCUUAUCCAGAGCGACUUACAAAUAUCAUUGGCUUUGUGUUCUUAAAGGUUUACUCCUUUUCUUCACAAGAUUGUCUUACAAGUUAAAUAUUUAUAGUGGACAUAGUGAUAUAUUGAACAUUGUCUUCUAUUGAUAUAUAUAUUUUUUAAACCAUGUUAUAAUUUUUUAAAUUAAAAGUAACAUAAUUAAGCACCUUCACUUGUUCCUCUCUUUUAAAAUCUCUCCAUUACUUUCAGUAAAAAAACAGAAGACAGUGGAACAUGUCAAUGCAUGAGGUUUCCCCAUCAGAGGUGUUUUGUGCUUCUCCUGGCUGUGGGGAUCCUGGUGAUCUUCUACGUAACCACCCUCUUCACUCUUCAUACAAGCCAGACCCCACUCUGGCUGCUAGGAGGUCAGGAUCUAACUCCUCUCUCUUAUACCAAUGAAAAUGAGGAGGAGUUUUUUUCACCAUACCAUGUAGCCUACCCACAGAAAUAUCAGUUUGUCCUGGAUGAGCCUCAUGAGUGCCAGGACCGCAGCCCCUUCCUGCUUCUGAUGGUGCCAGUAGCUCCUGGUAAUCUGGUAGCCCGGGAGGACAUCCGGAGGACUUGGGGUAAGGAGAGCCUGGUUCUGGGCCGGGCUGUGCAUCUGUUCUUCCUGCUGGGCCUGCCCAGUGGAGCAGGGGCACAGAGGAUGCAGGAGGAGGUGCUGCUGGAGAGCCAGGAGUACCAUGACAUGCUGCAGAGUGACUUCCAGGACAGCUACUUCAACCUGACCAUCAAGACCAUGGUGAUGCUAGAGUGGCUUGCCUCUCGCUGCCCCGGCGCCUCCUUCGCUAUGAAGAUUGACUCUGACAUGUUCCUCAACGUGCACAACCUGGUCAACAUGCUGAUAGACCCAACCACACCAAAGCACAACUACAUCACUGGGAAGUUCAGCCAAAACACACAAGUGGUGAGAGACAGCACCUCAAAGUGGUACAUUCCCAAUAAGGUUUACCCCAGUACCAAAUUCCCUCCCUACCUUUUGGGAAAUGGUUAUGUCUUUUCCAUAGAUCUUCCUGAGAAAAUAGUGGAAGCAUCCAAACAAGUCCGUGCCAUAUUUUUAGAGGAUGCCUACCUGGGUAUGUGUCUGAGCUAUUUAGGGAUUGCAGCCAGUUACCCACCUAACUCUGCCCUCUUCAAGCUUUCCAUGCCCUACACUCACAAUCGCUGUUACUACUCUACUGUCAUCACUACUGAAAUGGACCGUGUGAGUGACCUGCUGCGAGUCUGGGAGGACUUACAGAGACCUGGCACUCCCUGC